CAUUUCCGCGUACGGGCAAUAUACGGGCCUCCCGUACGUACGUACUACGAUAUACCGCUUGAUACCGCUCGCGCGCGAGACCGACUCUCCGCGGAUUGUUUACAAGCGCGCGCGCUCCGAGGAUUCUCGCGUAUGUGCGUGGUAUAUACGGCGGCGUGGGGUGCGAGUAAUCGCGCGCAGCAGCGUCCGCGUCCGCAGCAGCAACACAGCCGCGGCAUUCCGCAAUCACGCCCGUGGAUUCCCCGCGAGGGAUGUGCGCGUUGCGACGCGUACCCUCCAGUAACCCCCGUCGUCGCGACGCGAUAGCGGGGCCCGCCGCCACCGUCACCGCCCGCGCCCGCGCCGCCGCGACGUAAUAUACCGUGUGUACGCACCGUGACCCACUUGUUGCGUCUAGGUUAUGUUAUGGCGUUAUAAACAAAAAUAUGCUGCGCAAAAUAGACGCGUCCGUGAGAGCCGUGAGUCCGUCGUGAGAGCCCGGCCACGAGCGAGAGCUAGCCCGGGGCAUGGAGGCGGGCCCGGGGCUGAGCCUGUUCCAGGGCUCGGAGAGCAUACAGCUGAACACGGUGGCGCAGAGACUCGAGGAGGACGAGGAGCAGGAGGACAAGAGGCGACUCAACGAGGAGAUUCGGGACCGCCUGAACAAGGAGUUUGACGAUUUGGAAAAUGACGACGACGUCAGCUCCAUCAACAGCAGUCAUUAUCAGAAUGACAACACCAGAGACACGAUUGACCAUACCGAUACGACGGUCAACUCUGGCCUGGACUCGGUUACGCCUGCCAAAGGUCAGGUGCAUCUGCAAAAGGAAUUUGGUGUUUACGAUCGCGUGGAUAAUCUGAACAGUUACGAUCGCGAUGUGAUAACGAAUCAUAGAUCCGACUCCGAGACCGGCGGUGGGACCACGCAGUCCGACCUCGAUUUGUACAGGCAAACGGGGACGCCGUACGGUAACAACAGAUUCAACGACAGCAACAACACCGUGUUGAAUACGCCGUACGAAUUAGCGAAACCGCCAACCGGAUAUCCCCGCAAGAUGGUGCACCCGCAGGCGGCCGAGGAGUGUACGUUCGGUGAGAGUUAUCCUCACAACUACGAGACCCCAUCCAAUCAUUACAAUACUCACGUACCCAGGAAAUACUCCAAUAACGGUAUUAACGACGCGUAUGAACAUAAUGUACAAAGUAAGCAGAUUCAUGAGUUUGGCGGAGGCGACAACGCUACCUCGGAUCACAUGAAUCAUUGCUAUAAGACUAGUCCGAAUGGCAGGCCAAUAGACGACGACACGGCAUACAAAACGGCGGAGUAUGAUAGCAAGGAGCAAUUGGAAAUAAUGUAUAUGGUCAGAAUGAGGGAGAUCAACCGCUUGACGGAAGAGCUGCAGCAGUUGCAGCUGGAAAAGGAGGACGAGAAGAGUCAGAUGAGCAGGCAAUUGAUGCUGUUACAGGCAGAAGUCGAUAGAACUAACAUAUCGAGGAAUCAAGCGCAAGAGGCAUUGGUCGAUGCCAAGGCCGAGAUAGUUGAUCUGCAAAAUCAAAUGAAAUCUCUGGAAGAGAGGAAUGCGGUGUUGGAAAAGACAAAUCACAAAAUAACGGAAGAACUAAAUAUCGCAAGGGGCUCUGUCAUGGAUUUGCAACAAAAGAUUGCUGUACUGGAAAGAGUACAGGUAUUGCAAACGAAUGACAAGAUACACGAGAAGUUUUUGAAGCAGGCGCAGGAAAAGCACGCGGUAGAGAUGAAAAAUAUGCAGAGGCAGAUAGACGUUCUUACGGAAAAAUUGAACGAUAAGCUGCUCAAUAAGGAUAUUGGCAACAAUAAUGUUUGGGAAGCAUCAUGUGUCGCGCUUCAACAUAAAUUGGAUGAUGCACGAAGAGAACAUGAAGCUCUUAUGGUAGAGAAGGGUGACACCAUGAAUCGAUUGGCGCAAGCGUUGCAAGACAGUCAAACUCAAUGUGGCGAUCUCAUGGCCACCAGUAACGUUCAGCAGGUGAUGCAGUUGCAAGCGCAAGUGAAAAUGUUGACUCAAGAAAAGAAAGAACUGCAUAAAACCUUACAAGAGUUGCAGAAUAAACUGGAGCAAGUUAAAAGUGACGUAGCGCAAUACGAUUCGUUAUUGGCUACUACUCUGGAGGAUGAAUCCGACUCGAUUAGACAGAUGAAAUUAGGUGAACUUUAUAAUAAGUCAAAAACGAUACCUGUUGAUGACGUUACAAAUAAGUUGAGAAAUGAAUUACAUAGAUGUUUGGCUGGUCAAGCUGUAAAGAGAAAAGAAAUAACCCGUUUGGAGAAUACUCUAUCACAAAAAGAAAAGGACUUAAACAAAGCUUUGACAUUAGCUGACACAUGCCGCCAGGAAGCGGCACGGUAUGCCAAACGAAUUAACGAAUUGGAGCAAGAAUUGAAAUCUGUAUUAACAGACGAGGCCAUGAAAGCAAAUGCUAAAAUACAGAAACUCUCGGAUCACUUGAAUGACGUGAGGAAGCAGUGUGAGUUGUUACGCGAUGAGAAGAUUAAUUUGGAACAGAAAUUAGAGGAGGCUGUAGCUGUUAAUCAGGAGGAACUUAGAAAGAUGCAUCAGGAGACUAUGGAGCAACAAGAAAAGGAAGCUAUCGAUGAGUAUAAUAAAGAGUACCUGGAGAUACAUGCUAAAGCCGUGGAGAGAGUGAAGCAAGAAGCACAGAUGGAAAUAGUACAACUAUCUGUACAACUAGAGCAAACGCAAAAAGAGUUAAACCGUGUAAAAGAAUUGUACAUAGAUGUAUGCGGAACGAAAGAACAAUUAAUAAACGAGCAUAAAAAUGAAAUUCAAACGCUGAAAAAUAAAUACGCUGCAAUGGAAUUGCAUCAGAAAGACGUAGAGAAGUUGGAAAGCGAAUUACAAACACAGGUUAAACUGUGUGAUAGGUUGACUAAGGAAUGCGAGGAUUUCAAAAGUAAAAUAAUCGAAUUGGAAAAAGAUCUGGUGCACGAAAGAAGAAAAAAGGAAGAUCAUGUAAAAAAAAUACAUUUAGAAAUAGAAAGAGCGAAAGAAGAAGCGUUACACGAACUAAGAAAUGCGCACCCGAAUCAAGAAAUAAGUUUUCUUCUGCCGGAUCAUUGUUCUGAACAUUUAGAAAAAAUUAAUCAGUUGGAGGAAGAUUGCAAACGCUUGGAAGAGAAACUUCAAAUCGCUGUGCAAGAACAGAAAAAAUUAUCUGAUUAUCAAACCGAGUUGAAUGAUGCUAAAUUGAAAAUAGCACAAAUGGAGAUCACGCAGGAAACGUGGAAGAAGAAAUACGAGAAAAUUGCCAGUGAGAGAAAGGAUCUUCUCGCAAAAGUUUCUAAAUUAGAUUUGGAAAUAUUAAAUUUGAAACGUACCGCGAAGCUGGAAGACUCGGAUGACGUAAAGUUAAAAAUUGCUCGGUUUCAAGCGGAGAACGAGACAUUGAAAAAUCAAUGCGAUAGUCUGCUCAGUGAGAGAAACACUUGUAAAAAGAAGAUCUCUGAACUAGAAACAGAACUUUUUGACAUGAGAAAGAAAGUUGGUAGCUUCGAGGGAAAAUUACGGAAAAGCGGUGAAAAUACAUUAAAUUCGAAGAGUGAGUUAGAGAAGGAACUUUCGCGUUACAAAGAUAUAGUCGCACAAUUAUCCAGGCUAAAUAACUCGAAAGAGGGAGGACGUGCGAACGAAUCAGCGGCGCUGGAACAGAGGAUACAACAGCUCGAGCAGGAUCUACGAAGCAAAGACGAAGAACUGGGCAGACUGUUAAAAGAUUUCGAGAGGAUAAAAGACGAGAGAGAUCAGCUGGUGAUGAAAUUGCGAAAUCAAGCCAAGCAAUUCGAGCAAUAUGUCAAGAGCCAGAAUAAAAUGUCUAUGGAAUUGAAUCUGUCUCCUCGUAGUACGAGCGAUAGUACGGACUUUCAGAAAAUGAGAGAGAUCAUGGCGAAAGAAGUGCGGGAAGAGAUGGAGCAGGGAGUAGCGAAGGAGCUCAGAGGGAUCGGAGAGCAGAAUAGAAAGGAGCUGGAAGAGUUGGAGGGAAAGUAUAAAACUACUAUAUUAGAAUUGCAAAAACAGUGCAGCGAGAAGGAUCGGCAGAUGGAAACUCUGCAGAAUAGGAUACUGGCUGAGAAGAUGGAGGUCACUCAAAUCAUAGGAAGUAAGCUAAAGAUGUACAACCAAGAGCUGCAAGAGCGAAGGCUGCACAUCGAGAAACUGAAGGAGGAUUUGAAGAUGAAGGAGAAUCAAGUUGAGGAGGACAGAAACUACAUGACCGAGAUAAUGACCAAAUGGAUCGCUGAACUAAAAGAGAGUCAAGCUAAGGAGAAAGAGAAAGACGAGGAGAUACAGAAGCUGAAAUCUACCGAGAAAAAAUUGAGCAGUGAGCUCAAGAGGUUGCUGGACAAACAGAAGCAUGUGAGGAGCAAAUAUCAAAAAGCGAAACAGACCGCGGACAAUUACAAGAGAUAUGCGGAGGAGAAUCGGGAGUUUCUGUCGCGCGAAUGUAAACGUAUUGAGGAAGGAUACAAAAAGGCCAUCAAAGAAGCACAACAAAACUUUCGGACGCACGACGAGCAGUACGCCACGAAAGCCAAGAAACUUGAGCAUCAGCAUGCAGAAAAAAUGAAACAAAUGACUGAAGUACAAAGAUAAAUGUUGAAGUACGUACUAAGUAUUCUUUAAAUAUAUAUGCAAUAGCUUUCCUCCGGCUAAGAUAAAACGGUAGUUACAGAGGCUAGAUACCUUCUUCGUCUUUAAUUUAAAGCACAUUAUUGUACAACGGUUUAUUAGUGAAGUUUUAUGUUAGGGACCAAUAUACGUGUAAGUAAAUACAACAAUAUCGGUAAAAUUAUUACCGCGUUUGCUUGCCAAUCUCGAGUCUCGACAAAGCGGCGGACGCUAAUGUAGCUCUAAAGCUAUAAACAUCUGAAGUACAAUCUAAUUAACCAUAAUAUAAUGAUAUGCAUAGUAUUAGUCGGUAGGAAGAAAUCGUUUUUAUAUUAACCAGUAUCGUGUACAAUAGUGUCUCUAUUCUGGAAAAUCAUCGGGACCGAACUAUCUCUUUAUUCUUUCUUUCUCAUUCUAAAUCACGCGAUCAUGCAACAAAUAUGUAGAGAAAGAGCGGCACAAGAGAAUUCUAGUUUACACAAGGACGACUGUUCCAGAAUAGAGAGAGACCCGCGAUAAAAGGGAACAGAAUAGAGAUGUUUUAUUGUAUCACUAUUUUAUAAAUCGUCUGCGAGGCGAAACGGUUACACGUCGCGAACAAGGAAAAGCUUUAGUCACAUGUUUCCGCUGAGCAUUAUUAUGACAUAAUAUGCAAGACUGGAUCUCUCUGUCGGAUCUUUCCCUCUUUUUUCCUCUUACGAAAGUAAGCGCGAUAAAGAGAGAAAAUCAAAACCAUAGACUUUAAGAAAAACAA